UGAAUUGCGGUUACAGACCUGCAGCUCCCCUCCCCCUCCCCCUCCCCACCCAGGCCCGCCCGCCCGCCUUUCUGUCUCCUCUCUCCCUCCGUACUGGCCGGCCCGGGUCCAUUUCCGGGCUCCGGGUAUUUGGUAUUGAUCAGGGCCGGGGGCGCGGGAGCAGGUGGCUGCGGCGGCGCAGCCUGCGGCGCCCGGGUCCGUCUCCCGCCGCCUUUGUCGCCAGCCCUUGCCCGGCGGCCCGCCCCGCCCUCCGGGCCCGAGCGCUGCGGGCUGGACUUUGCGCCGCGUCGGGCGCUGCUGCUGCUGCGCGCCGGGCCGUGCUCUGUGCAGGCGGCGGCCGGGAAGCCGGAGGCGAAGUGCUGCCCGGACCCCAGGCCAACAUGGCUGAAGUCACCAUCGACCAGUCCAAGCUGCCGGGAGUCAAGGAAGUGUGCCGAGAUUUUGCUGUCCUGGAGGACCACACGUUGGCCCACAGCCUGCAGGAACAAGAGAUUGAGCAUCACUUGGCAUCGAAUGUUCAACGGAACCGUUUGGUCCAGCAUGAUCUGCAGGUGGCUAAGCAGCUUCAAGAGGAAGAUCUGAAAGCCCAGGCUCAGCUGCAGAAGCGCUAUAAAGACCUUGAACAGCAGGACUGUGAAAUUGCUCAGGAGAUUCAGGAGAAGCUGGCUAUUGAGGCAGAGAGACGACGCAUUCAGGAGAAGAAGGAUGAGGACAUUGCUCGACUCUUGCAAGAAAAGGAGUUACAGGAAGAGAAAAAGCGAAAGAAACACUUUCCAGAGUCUUCUGGAGUCAGUGCUUAUGGUGAUAGUUACUAUUAUGAAGAUGGAGACCAGCCACGGUCAAGGAGGGCAGGGGAGUUGGGUUCUGGAAGCUCAAGGCCUUGUAGACUUCAACAUGAGGAAAAGAGUGUGAAGCACCGGAGGGAGAGAUCCAGACAUCCACAGGAGAACUUGACAGAAUCCGAAGAGCACUGUUCGUCAGAGAAACCUCUGUCAUCUUCUAGCUCGGGUCAAGUGAGGGACGAUCCCCAAAUUAACACUGAGCCUGAAAGAAAACGCUGUGGCCACGAGAGGCUCCGGAGGCCUCCCCUCCCCAAGAUCAGCGGUGAGGUGCUCCUGAGCACCGAAGUGGAUGACUGGGAGGCUCGCUCUAGCCAUCGAACGCGGAACUGGGAAAAACAGUUCAGACAGCAAGACCAGCUCUCUCCCAAAACCUCACGGAAAGCGGGGCUUCCCUGCAAGGAAGCCGUUUUUAGGAGGGACCAUGGGCAAGGUGAGCACAGAGAGAGGAAACGCAGGCCCCGGACUCCUCCCUGCUCAGAGAGUGAGGAGCAGCUCCAGCUCCACGACACAGGAAUGAAGCCCAGAGUGAUGAAAGAAGCAGUUUCUACUCCAUCACGAGUGACCCACAGAGAUCAGGAAUGGUAUGAUGCUGAAAUUGCCAGAAAACUUCAAGAAGAAGAGAUUUUGGCUACCCAGGUGGACAUGAGAGCAGCUCAGGUUGCCCAGGAUGAGGAAAUCGCUAGACUUCUAAUGGCUGAAGAAAAGAAAGCUUACAAGAAAGCCAGGGAGCGGGAGAAAUCAUCUUUGGACAAAAGAAAGCAUGACCCUGAGUGGAAGCCAAAAACAGCUAAAUCAGCACACUCAAAGUCAAAAGAGAGUGAUGAACCUCACCGUUCCAAGAACGACAGACCCGCACGGCCACCACCACCUGCCAUGACCGAUGCUGAGGGUUUGGAUUGCACUCCUUCUGGAAACCAGCAUAAUCCCACACGUCACUACUCAAAGUCAGAGUCUUCUCAUAAAGGUUUCCAUUAUAAACGGUAAAAACCUAGGAAUCUGCCUUGAAAAUGGACUCACUGUAGCAAAAUUACUGGAUGAUACAGAACACAUUCCACGCUUAUUUUUUUCUUCCUCUCUUUUGUAUUCCUGAGAUUUAUCCUCAAGUGUUUUUUGAACCAUGAAUAAUUUUCAUUCAUUUAAAAUGUUUUGGUUAUUCCUGAUCACUUGGGCAGUACAAGAAAAUCUAGCUUCUGAAUAUUGGCCAUCUCUAUGGAGCAUAUGCUUCCUGGGGUGUAGUAUCUAAGAGCUCUAUAAAAUGCCAUUUUCAUUAGGUAUGGAGUAUUGAUAUUUAAUGAAUAGGCUUUACUUAGCAAUUAGGAUUUUGUGGAGGUAGUGACUGAAGUAAAACAUAAUGUUUGGAUGCAAUGCAGAAUAAAAGAAUAUAAGAAAUAGCUUUUUGGUGCAUUAGUGUAUGAUAUAUUAAAAGAUAAGCGACUUUUGCUUUUUUUUUUUCUAUUCAGGGAAAGAAAAAAAUCACAACCAUAAAGUAUUUAAAAAGAAAAAAAAAAGGAACAGUUGAAAUAUGUAACUGACUAUAGAGGUUUUAUGUAUCCUUACACACCCUCCUGGGAAAAUUGGCCUAGAUGUCAUUCAAUAACACCGUCUCUGCCAUUGCCUCCUCAAUAGCAAAAAUUUUGACGCCUCUGGGCAUUGAACCAUUUUUUUAGUACUUAUUGGCAAAAAUUUAAUUCUAAGAAGUUUUAACUCAAGUUUGCAAGAUCAAUUAAAGAUGAAAAAUUUUGUAUCCCUUCUCUUAUUUUACAUUUACGUAUAAAGCCAAGGGAAUUAGAAUUGGAAAGGUGUUUAUAUAAGUAAUGAUGCUGUCAUUUUCUCUGGCUAUAAGAUUGAAUUUUUCCUCUUGCAUAUAAAACAUAACAGCAUUGCUUGGCAACUUCUCAAAAAUAUUUUGUGUUAUCUGUCAAUAAGCAGAUUAAUUGGACUUGAAGUUGAUAAAGAAGCUCUUCAUCCAAGUAUUUGGUCCUGCACAUAUGUUAGUGACACAUGGGCAUUGGAUUUCUUUGUGCCAGACCUUAAACCCCUCUUCAGGAAAUCUGGGAUUUUUGUUAAUCUUCUAGCCUCAUGGAAAUGCUUCUUUUUCCAUACCAGUUAGUUAACAUAAAUAUCAGUCAUGCUGUAUAUUCAGCGUAUUUAUACUUGAGAAAAAAGUUGUUAAUCCAUUCCUUUCUGGCUGGGAACUGCCUUCUGUUUGCCUUAUCUUUUGAAAUAGUCUUUCUAGUUGGGCAAUAUUCACGAAGUUUUUUAGACUAGCUUCUCAGAGGAUUUGGGUUUUUCAUUUUGAGGAAUAGCUUUAGUUUCAUAGUUUUUAGAUUGUAUAAACUUAAGUAAAGGAUACUUAAGAGUUAAGUUUUGAGAAAAUAAUAAUCUAGAAAUAAAACCGUUAAGGUUGUAAUCAUUUUGGAGAAAUAGGGAAAGGGAAAAGAACAGAACUUUGCAUGUCCAAGAUGAAAUGACUGAGGAAGAAAAAUCUCCAGUUAAAUAGACAAGAGGAGACCAAAUGGAGGUCCUAGCCUUAAAUCAAAUUCCAGAGGAUGUUUUCAAUAUCAAAGGUUAGGCCUUGUUGAUUCUUGGUAAUGCUAUAUUUUUCUUUGUCUGCCCUGUGAUUUUGCUUCAUGUUUUAAAAAGUUUUUUAUGGUAGCUUUAAAGAAAAGAAAAACAAUGUAUUUUUAUUUGAAAAUCAGGCAAAUGGGCAACAUCAUUUGCCAUAUUUUUAUUUUAUAAAUGUUUAUUUUUCUAUCUCAUACAAUGAUCAGUUCUUCUUUUCAAAUUCUCCAUUUAUCCUUUCAUGUACUACUUCAUGCAAUCAUAUUUAUUACUGUAAAAUGCUAACUGGGUGUAUUUUACUCAAAAAAUGUCAGGUCACUUUACACAUAACCAGGAUGUUAGUGUUUCAGCUAUGUUAGUAAGUGACCAAAGGUAGUAUUUCCCUUGUUACACACAAUUCAACAUCUGUAUUAAAAAUUCAUUAUUUUUUUUAAUGUUUUUAAAAGAUGAGAGUUUUAAAAUAUUUUAAUUUAAUUUAAUUUUUUUUUUUUUGUAAAGCAAACACUUUUUAAGGAGUAUCAGAGUAAUUCUUUCCCUGUGAAUAAGAAGACAUAUCAAACAACCAGUUGAAUUCCUCUUAUUCUCAUUCAAAUAGUGUAAUUGUUAAUUAUUGUUAAUUUUGAGACUGUAGAAGCAACUGUGUGUGUCCAUGGAAUAUUCCAGGCAAGAAUACUGAAGUGGGUUGCCAUUUCUUACUCCAGGGGAUCUUUCAACCCAGGGAUCGAACCUGGGUCUCCUGCAUUGCAGGUGGAUUCUUUACCACUGCGCCACCUGAGAAGCCCCAUUUAGAGGCAACUAGCACUUUAUUUUAAGAAACUGCCAAACAUCUUCACUGUGUUCUCUGCUUUCCACUUGUCAUUUUUAUAUAAAUAUGGAAGCAUUUAUUUUAUUUCUUUUCCUAUUGCUGGAACACACGCAGUUUAAUUUUUAGAUCCACAGUGUAUUAUGCUUUAAUGUUGUGAUGUAAAGUAAUCCUUCUGGUCUUGGAAAAUCUCCCUGUUUCCAUACCUCUGUUCUCCCAGGGGCCAGACCCCAUUAACAUCAGUGUUACCGAAUGAGCACAGUGUGUCGUGGAGCCUUAUCUUGAGGCUGCUGGACAAGGACACCCCAUCACCCCAACCUAACUUUUUGUAAGUAAUCACCUGGAAGCAAGGUUAGAAAAGGGUCAGUUUAAAUGUUCUGGUUGGAAAAAAAUAUGACUGUAUUGUCAAAUUGUUGUUAGACAUAAUUUUAUUGGGUGACUGGAUGGUUGCUUCAUAUGCUUUAAAAUGACACUGAGAUUUUUAGGAUGUGACUUUGCACACAGUGACUUAAUAUUUAUCAAGUGAAUUUACAAUAACCAGCAGCAGAUGAACUGCAGAAAAGACUUCAUGGGUUUUGAUCAUAGGGAAACAUCUGAAGUAGAAAAGAUAUGGAUAGAUGCUCCCAAGAGGAAAACCUUUCAAGAAUAGCAGUGGCCACUUGGAUCUAGAUCAACAUAUUCCAAAAAGCGAGACCUUGGGCCUUGUGCUCCACUGAACUCAAUUGAGAAAAUUAGGAACAGAACCUGUUUUCCUCUUUUCUUUGCCUGGCCUGCAGCAGACCUGGAUGAUGAAUAAAUCCAUUGCUGACUUUGUCCAUACCUUUUGCACAAUGUCGGGACUUUUCAGUAUAAAACUAAUGUUUAACUGAUAAUUAUUUUUCUUUAAUGCUGUCAGAUAUUCUCCGAAUUUUGUUUUGUGCCAAAUUGCUCUUUAGAAACCCCUGGUAUAAUAUGGUGCAUUCAGUUUACCACAAGAGUGGUUAACAUUUUAGGACCUUGAUUUUUAAUGAGUGUUGCCUUUAUAUAAAAACCACAUUGGGGGAGAUUAUUCAUUUAUUCAGUGUUGAUUUUCUUGAAAGGUAACUGUAGUGAUUGUAAUAUCCUCAGCCUACUAAAAGCAUGAGACUGCCACGUAAGCAGCUUUCUGAAGAACUGAGGACAAAACAGAACGUGCUCUCAAAGGCUUGUUUCCCUUUGGUUUGUGUUGGGGACUUUAAUGUAGAAAGGGAACCCUUCCAAUAGAUUUCACUGUUACAUAGUGUGUACUAUCCUGAUAACAUCAGUUUUUUAGAACCAAACAUACAAAAAUCAAAACCAGGUGUUUGAGCAAAAAACAAAAAAACCCGAACAUUUUUACUAAUACUUUGUCUAUUUAUUGCUUACAGCUCAGAGUCAGAGGAGUGAUUAGAUAAAGUGAUGCCAUUUUUCCUUCUGUCUGGCGGUGCCUGUGUCUGAAAGCCGUAACUGCUGGUCUUACUGGUGACAGGAUCUUUUUCCUCCCUCGUCUAUCGUAGGUCAGCUGGGCAGGGAGACGCACAUGGAGACUGUCCUGAUGGUGAUGCGCAGGGCUCAGUCUCACCCAGGGCUCUCCAGAAAGAGUCUCUUUCAUCCCUGGUGGUACAUAAGAUCAUCAAAGGGAAGACUUGAGGCUGCUGUUGCUCCUGCCAUUUAACUCUCAUUAGAAAUGGUAGAUUUAUUUCUAGAGAAGUCAAGAAGGGAAGGGUAAAGAAGGAAACCCUCACUUCUACAGAGUCACUUCUCUUAUGAGACUUACACUUAGGUCAGCAACGUCUGUGAGGAGCAGUAUUGCCUUAAAUUAGUUUGAUUCUGACCAAGAUCAGUGUACUGUAUUUCCUUAGAUGAGUGACUGUCAACUCUCCAUUGAGGUAUCAAAUUCACAGGUGAGCCCCAAACAUCCGUGUCAUCGGACGUUUUGGACCUCCUCCCACCGAGCUGUGGGUGACGGACAGUGACAGGUGUGCCAUUUCAUUUCAGAUUGCCUCUCAGUCUGAAUGAGCAGUGGCAUGAUCAGGAAGGCUGGUAGUCGGAGAGUGAGAAUUUCCUGAGCUUAUUCUUCAGGUGAUCACUUCCUGAAUAGUUGAGAGUUGACUGUCUUCAUUUCCUAUGGUGUUUGUGUAGAAGAUGUUUCCAAAGGUUCUGUUAGGCAGUGAAGUCAGUUAUUCUGUAAAAAUGUUGCUAACACUCUUGUGUAUUGAAAUGUAUACAGACGUAACAGAAAAGGAGAAAAACCAAACAAAACAGAGACAUUUACUCAAAUGGCAGAUUGUUGAUAUGAAAAGUGUUUCUGUUUUAUUACUUUCAAGAGAAAAUCAGAAAAUCUUUUGCUAGGGUAGGGAAGACACCAGAGUGGUUUCUUUAGGCUUGCAUUUGAUGCCACAGAGUAAUACAGUGUCAUUUAAGUAAUCAUGUUGAUUUGUGGAAAUGUCUGGUCCUAAAGAUCACUCUGCCCUUAAAUAUUUGUGAACACUGCCUAGAAAUAUGUUCCUAAUAGACUUAAAUGUUUUUGUGUAUUCUCAGCAAACUAGAAAAUGUUUCUCUCACUUUUGAGUAAAUUUGCAUAGCCUGAGGAGCUGGCACUGAGCUGAUUUCAGCGUUUCAGAUAAGGACAGAGUUAAUUGUGUAACUUGGUGCCCCAUGACUCAUUGCAGAGGUUCAUAUAGAAAGAAUGGAAGAAUUGAAAGACAGGGUCUGAGUGACAUUUCCUUCACAAAAGAGCAAGGGUUAAGGACAGCGAAGAGAGAGUUGAGAGGAUAUACUGUUACACCUCAUAUGCUUGGGAGAAGCUUUUGUUGCCCUGAGUUUUGGACCAUAAUUGCUAAAAUAGUUCCUAGCUAUUAUAUAUAAUGGGAAGGUUUUUGAUGUUAGAAUUUUUUAAAUUUCUCAUUGAAUUAGUCGCUGGGAUCCCUGUAGGCUAUAACUUAAGGUUUGCCGUCAACUGAAAGCCGAAUGCCAUUUCCCAGCUAUAGCUGUAUUUUCCACCUGCCUCUUAAAAGCAAAGUAGUAUUUGUUCAUGAAGUAUUAUGAGAUGAUAGGAUAUAAAAAUGAUAUUCCAAAGUGAGAAUUCUCUGUAAAUGCAGUUGUCCUUUAGAAGAAUCCAUCCCAACACACUGUUGUAUUUUGAUGGGUGCUGAAUUAUAAAGUACAGGAGUUUUUCAUAUGAAUCAAGUCGCUUAGGAAGUUUGAGGUGUGCUGUCGUUUGUCUCAAAAUUUGGGAAAGUACGCUCUUGAGAGAGAGAGAUUAAUAACUGCACAGUGCCCAAAAGGUUUUGGAUGCUUUGGUAAAAAGCCCUUUGACAUUUAGAAUGUGGAUGUGUAAACAAGUGAGAUGUUAUCCCAAGCACUUAACAGUUUGUAGCCAAGCCCUCGGGGAAAGGCAGCUUUGAAUUUCACAGAAUUGAACAGAACCUUAAUGGAAUAGAGUUACUGGCCUCAGUUCAGAAAAAGAGGAGGCCACCUCAAAUCACAUGCCUGUCCAGAGAUUAAUGAAACUGAGAGACACUGUGGAUGCCUUAAAGGGGACUGAUACCGGGUCCUGGCAGGUGUGUGUGCACCCUUCUGGACGAGGCUUAUGGAAACAGACUGUUUCGGUUCACCUUCAUGCAGCACACAUUCCUGCUCAUGACGCCUUUGGGGGAAGCGAGAAACACGGUCCUGGAGACGUCCUUGUGUCUUGGGCGGCUGAGGUGGCGAUGUCUGACCAGCACUCAAGCCUCCUUCAGUGCCACUUACACAUCUCCAUCUGUUCAUCUAUGCAAGCUUGUGUUUCAGUGUUUCAUUUUUUACACCUCGCUUCCCAUUUGAUUCCUUUAACAUCAGGUUUAACAUUGAUAUUAUGAAUAAUUUUUAAACCAAAGUAUUGUAUAAGUCUGUGUGCUUGUUUUCCUGAAUGGUUGGUGGCAAACACCAACCUUGUCAUUUUCUCUUAAUAAAGUCACUCAUUUGUUACAUCAA